UCAACCAUUGCAUUGUCAAUACAGUUGAGUGUAUUCAAGUGUCUGAUCAAUUUAUUAUGGCAUUUAAAAAUAAAUCCAUUCAGAUGAAAACACUUUAACACAAGUUUAUGUAUAUAUGUAUAGUUGCGGGACAACAUAAACGGAUUAACAGGGCAAGUGAGAACAAUGAGUGAAACAAGUGAAGGGAACAGGGAAGGUAUUCCUUUCAAUGAAGCUGACAUAAAGGCUGUUCCAGAUACACCACCAGUUAUUAGACUACCGUGCUGUCCUAUUCCCUACACUAGUAUUGAGUUGAAAACAUUAAGUCCUGAUGCUGUAGAAGUUAUUUCUGAAGUGGAACGAUGUAAACAGGUCGUUGCUAGGUUACAGCGUGAGAAGGUCGUUGCCAUGGCAGCAGAAGGCAUUAACAUUGGAAGAGAGGGACCUUUGACUUUAAUACAGAUUGGCACGUGUUCAGGACUAGUUUUCAUUUUCGAUAUUCUGAUGAAUAGGGACCUGAUUGGAAGGGGGCGUUUACAGUUUCUGUUGGAGGACGAACAUGUUGUGAAGGUGUUGCACGACUGCAGCAAUGUGAGUGCAGCAUUGACCUUUCAGUUUGCAACAACUUUGAGGAACGUAUUUGACACACAGGUAGCACACUUUGUAAUUGAGGAACACAAGGGACGACGACUACCGGCCGGUCUGAAAGUGUCGGAUAUUUGUCUUCAGUACUCAGACAAUGCUGAGAAAUUCUACACCUACGACUGGAGAACUAACUCAAAGUUGAUUUGGAUGGCAACGAUGGGUAACUUUUGGGCUAAUCGACCUUUGACCCCAGACAUGAUUGAAUUUGCUGCCGGGGAUGUUAUUGUACUUAUCCCAGAUGUGUACAGACACCAGUCAGGGUAUAUAGAGGAAAAUGGACUUCGUGGAAAGUUUGAAUACAGAGUUGACGAAUGGUUACAGAUAGGAAUAGAUGACGUCGUGAAAGAGAAACAUGGAAAACGUGUAGCACAAACUGUACAAGAAAUUUUACAAGAAAUGGAUUCAAAGUACGACGACAGGGUCACAUUAUUUAAUAUUCUAAACUCGGACGAAGAAAAUGCACUUUCUAUUUCCACUUACGAAGAUGCUGAAAGAAUAUCUGAACGAGUACGCAAAUUGAAGAGUGAACAAAUUUUAUCAGAUAUUAAUGGGAUCGAGCUUAAGAUGAGAUCUGACGCUGAAAGCUGGGAAGGGAGAAGCAAUAUACUUGAUUAUUUAAGAUUUUACAUGCAAAUACCAGAUUCUGAGGUGAGGGAAAAGGCCACAAAUGUUUCAAGAGAUAUGCUAAGAGCUGUUCUUGAGCACAUUGAAGAAAAAUACAAAGUGGAUACAACAACAAAUAUGUUAUCGACUACAGAAAGGGAAGCUUUGCUUACUAUUUCCUAUCUCGACAUAGCGCAAAAGAAAUGGGGCAGCGUACUCACGGCAUUGUAUUGGCGGUUUAUGCAAGAGGAAGUGCAUGGAAUGAUAAACUUUCUGAGAUUUUAUCCAUCUCAAUUUUCGCUAACCGAAGCGGAGUACUCCAAGGUUGGGUAUUUUGCCAGAAACAAAGAUCUGGUACCAGAGGAGGUUUGUAGCUUGUCGGACGGACUGCUGCACGCAAUAAGGGCGUAUAAUGCUGCUAAUGGGGGUUAUGUUAUAGACGUCAGAAGGAGAAGCGGAGCAUUUUAACUGUAAAAAAAUGCUUUAUGUACUGUUUUUAAGCUACAUAAUGGUGACUUCGUAUGUAAUACUUACUCACAACAAAAUCUGGCCAAACGUCACAAUUGAUAUUGAAUGGACAUAAGCAUUUGGAAGUAUUUAUGUUCACUAUGCUAUCUUUGUGUUUCGAUUUUUUUGUACUAAGAAUACUAAAAUACUUA